CGCUUGAAGACCCGCCUCCAGAGAGACAGGCGGAACAUCCGUCCAAACAUCAUCCUGGUCCUCACGGAUGACCAGGACCUGGAGCUGGGUUCAAUGCAGGCAAUGAAUAAGACACGUCGCAUCAUGGAGGAGGGUGGGACUUCUUUUUCCAACGCGUUUGUGACGACGCCCAUGUGCUGUCCGUCACGUUCAAGCAUGCUCACUGGGAAGUAUGUUCACAAUCAUAACACAUACACCAAUAAUGAGAACUGUUCGUCGAUUUCUUGGCAGCGGCUGCAGGAACCACGAACCUUCGCAGUCUACUUGAACAAUACAGGCUACAGGACGGCCUUCUUCGGUAAGUACCUGAACGAGUACAAUGGCUCUUACGUGCCCGCCGGAUGGAAGGAGUGGCUUGGCCUUGUCAAGAACAGUCGAUUCUACAACUACACGCUGAGUCGUAACGGACUCAGAGAGAAACACGGAGCACAGUACCCUCAGGACUAUUUAACAGACGUGAUCACAGCAGAGGCCAUACAUUACUUCUGCUCGUCAAAGCGAGUUUAUCCUCAUCGUCCUGUCAUGAUGGUUCUGAGUCAUGCUGCACCACACGGACCUGAGGACUCAGCACCACAGUACAGCCAUGCCUUUCCCAAUGCAUCGCAACACAUUACUCCUAGUUACAACUAUGCUCCCAACCCAGAUAAGCACUGGAUCAUGCGUUACACAGGCGCUAUGAAACCUAUACACAUGGAGUUCACCAAUAUGCUGCAGAGGAAACGACUGCAGACACUGCUGUCAGUUGAUGACAGCAUGGAGAAGCUGUACAACAUGUUGGUGAAGACAAACGAGUUGGAGAACACCUACAUCAUCUACACAUCUGAUCAUGGCUACCACAUUGGACAGUUUGGCCUCGUCAAAGGAAAAUCCAUGCCUUAUGAUUUUGAUAUCCGAGUCCCUUUUUAUAUCCGAGGACCCAACGUGGCACAAGACAGCAUCAACCCCCACAUUGUCCUCAACAUUGACCUGGCACCCACCAUCCUGGACAUCGCUGGCCUGGACACGCCCGCCGACAUGGAUGGCAAGUCCAUCCUGGGCCUGCUGGAUACUGAUUCACCUGCCAACAGGUUCCAGGUGACAAGGAAGUCAAAAGUGUGGCGAGACUCCUUUCUGGUGGAAAGAGGAAAGCUACUGCAUCAACGUAUGGAGAUGAAGGAUGUAUCGCAGGAGGAGAACUUCCUGCCAAAAUAUCAGCAGGUCACAGAGUUGUGUCAGCGCUCCGAGUAUCAGACGCCAUGUCAACAAAUCGGACAGAAGUGGCAGUGUGUGGAUGACUCCUCAGGGAGGUUGCGGCUCUUCAAGUGCAAGAACGAAGGUAGUGGGACUAAGAGCACUCAGGGGGACCAAGUCAGUGGGCGGAUGAAGUCUGGAUGGUACAGUGGCAACCUUGACAAGUGUGACUGUGGCCUUCGACCUUUGAAGCAGCGGACCUUCAACAAGAAGUCCUUCUUCUCGCGAAAGUACAUGAAAGUUCUAAAGAGCUACUCCAGGAAGCGCUUCAGUCGCUCUGUAUCGCUGACGAACAGUUUCCCUGACAACAGCAGCCUGGUGGAUGGGGCCUCGGAUCGUUCAGCAGAUGAGGAUGAGUUCAGCGGAAUGGCCGUAGCUCCCACGGCAUUUUCUUCUCCUAAAUCCCUCAAAGUCACACAUAGGUGUUCCAUUCUAAGCAACUCAACAGUGAAGUGCGACACUGGCGUCUAUGAUUCUCUACAGGCCUGGAAGGACCACAAGCUGCACAUCGACCAUGAGAUCGAGACGUUGCAAAUCAAGAUCAAGAACCUGAAAGAGGUGAAAGGCCACCUCAAGAAGGCACGCCCUCUGCUGUGCGACUGCAACAAGUAUUUCAACAAGCUCAAGGUCAAGAAGUUCUUUUACCGAAAGGGGGCCAUACAUCCAUUCAGGGACAGGGCUCGCAAAAAUAAGGCAUGGCUUUUGAAGGAGCAGAAUAGGAGGAAGAAGAUGAGAAAGAUAAUCAAGAGAAUCCAGAACAAUGACACCUGUUCAAUGCCAGGACUCACCUGCUUCACACAUGACAACCAACACUGGCACACAGCCCCAUACUGGACAUUGGGUCCAUUCUGUGCUUGCACAAGUGCCAACAACAACACAUACUGGUGUCUGAGGACAAUCAAUGAAACCCACAACUUCUUGUUCUGUGAGUUUGCAACUGGCUUCCUGGAGUACUUUGAUAUGAACACAGACCCCUACCAGCUGGUAAACAGCGUGGGAGCUUUGCACGGGACACUUCUCAACACUCUCCACGCGCAGCUGAUGGAGCUGCGAGGCUGUCGAGGACAGAAGCAGUGUAAUCCUCGCAUGCGCUCACUGGACACGGAUGGAUUGGACCAUGGCAGUUUCGAAGACUACAGGCUGUUUGAGAAGAGGAAGUGGCCCCGAGUCAAGCGACCUUCGUCAUCGCGAACGCUCGGUCCAAUCUGGGAUGGCUGGAAGGGAUAA